AACGAGAAUUCGGCAGCCAUUGUUGUUGUUUUUAUUAAUAUCACUUUCAUGUUUUUAUAAGAAAAUAUCGAGCUCUCUGGGUGAAUCUAGCGACUCGGAUUGAGUCUGUAUAAUUGCUGAAUAACAAACACCACGAUGAAAUCAACAUCUCCAAGACAAGGUCGAAGUACUGCGACGAAAACAUGCCCGAAGUGUGAAAAAUUCAUCCCAGUAGCAUGCAAGUCAUGCGGCUGUGGCCACAGCUUUACACUAAAGACGAGAACACCAGAGAAAGACAAAGGUCUAGGUAAACCUGGUGGGGUGGUUCAAACUCGUCAAAGGGCGCUCAGUGAACGUGUGAGGAAGGAAACCACACGUUAUUGCAAUGUCAUAGAUGUCCAGGGUAUAAGAAAUAGAUCAAUAAAGUCAAGAAGAGCAAGAACACAGUCUCUCAGAACAAGAAUGGAUUCAACCAGCUCAACAACCAGUAAAUCUGAAUCUCCCAUAGAAAAGCCACGGGACAAGCCACGUAUUAAGGUGGGACGUGGUCGGCCAUCUAGAGCACAUUUGCAGCGCAGUAAACCAACGGACACUUCCCAGCAGAUGCCUACUCAAGUGAAAGAUGGUAGCAACGAGGACAGCAGUUCCAGUAGAGAAAUGGAGGACGUUUAUAGUAACAUUCCUAAAGAGAAAGCCAUGCAAUAUUCUAUCAUUCUCGCUGAACUUAACAGAAAAUAUCUUGGACAGAAUUUCAAACCACUAUGAUGUAUCCUCAGACGUUUAACUAUUGAAAAUUUUAGAGAUUGUUAUUUGUAUGGAGAGCAGUAUAACACAGAGAUACAGAGAUAAAAAAGAGCAAUAUCCUUUUUAAAAACAAGUCUGACAAGGCCUUAGACUGAGUUCUGUUUUAUUGAGAUGUCAUGAUUAAGUUUUUUAUUGUGAUGUUAUACAUUAUGACUGAGUUUUGUUUUAUUCUGAUGUCAAACAUAAUGACUGAAGAGAAGAUAUAAAAUGAUGUCAGAUUUGCGUGGAGGACAGUUUGACACUCAAUUAUCUUAAAAUUUCCAGGAGAAUCUUUAAGAAUUUUAGUUUCAAUAAAAGCCUACUUUUAGUUAAGUUGCAUUAUACCAAACACAUACUUUUUAUUUUGUUCAAGCUAAAUUCAAAAUGGCUACCAAUGUAUAUCAAUUUUUAGAUAUCUCCAAACUAAUACUUUAUAAUAUGCAAGUGAAAGAUUCAACAAUACAAUUUUAGUUGGUGAUUGUUCAACUAUAGAAAACA